AAUGUGCUUCUGCAUCGCUUAUUGGCAGCUUGCUGUCUGCUUCCUCACCGCACUCACGUGUGUGUGUGUGAGCCUGGGCCACACUUGGCCUGCACACCUGGCCCUCUUUCCUUGCAGAUGUUCUCUUUGAUUGCAGGUCCCCUUUCCUGGACAUCAGGUAGGACCUUGUAUCGCCUACCCCUCUCCCUGGAGCCCUCACGAUCAGCAUAUCUCCAGCCUCUUUCUCACCCGCAGACUUCCUUGUUGGUCCUUAACCAGCACUGUUUGUUCUCUCAGCAGAGAUUUCUUCCUGCCCCCUCUCUCCUGGGGGAUGUCACCUGGCAGUUCCUUUGUACCCCUUCUCUUCCAACAGCCCCCUCCUCCUGAUCCCACUGUCAUGGCCUCUCACCGCAGCCUAUUUUAUAGGCUGGUUGUCUUACUGGCUAACUGAUCUCCUUAGACCUGGGGCUGAGGCUGGUGACCUGUGAACUGGGUGGAAUCUGGUCCCUGUCGGCUUAGUGUGGUCCUUGAAGAAUUUUGUUAGUUCCUUUAAUGUGGCCUCUGCUUACCAGUUCCCCAGAGGUAUACCCACUGUUGUUACUGUGUACCUACCCAGCUUCCUACAUCGUCCACUGGCCCUUUGAGUUUGAAAUCCUCCCUUACAAGGGCUAAGCCUUAUCUUUCUGUCUGUCUCUGACUACGGCAUCCUCAGCACAGAACACAUUGAAGAGCAAGAGGUUCAUUAACUUAUAUAAGUGAGUGAAUGAAUAUAUUAAUGAAUGAAAAUAAGUGCAAAAUAGUUGUUUAAUGUGUGCAAAAAAAAAUAAUCAUGGUUGUAGGUGCACAGAAUGUCUCUGGAAGGAUUCAUAUAAACUUGGUAACAGUAGAUUAGAGAAGGGAACUGGGGGGCUGGGAGGAUGAGAUGGAAUUAGGAUAACCCUUGCUCCUUCGGAAUUUAAUUCAAAUUUUACAAAAAUUGGAGUUUCAUUGAAAGGUGAUUGCAUGCUUUCAGAAGAUCAAGUCUUGGCAUUCGAGGCCUUUUCUGCGGUGGGCCCACCUCUGCCUUCUCAGUCGUGAGCCCCCCUGAAUCUGAUGUGGUCUUUCCCCCUAUCCCAGUAGUGCCCGGUCCAAGAUGGGGUCCCAGGUCUCAAUGGACACAGGAGCCGUGCACGUCGUGAUCGUGGGCGGGGGCUUUGGUGGCAUUGCUGCCGCCAGCCAGCUGCAGGCGCUGAACAUUCCCUUUGUGCUGGUGGACAUGAAGGACUCCUUCCACCACAACGUGGCAGCCCUCCGGGCCUCUGUGGAGAGCGGGUUUGCCAAAAAGACAUUCAUUUCCUACUCGGUGACCUUCAAGGAAAACUUCAGGCAGGGCCUGGUGGUCGGGAUAGACCUGAAGAAUCAGACGGUGCUGCUGGAAGAUGGCCAGGCCCUGCCCUUUUCACAUCUCAUCCUGGCCACGGGCAGCACUGGGCUCUUCCCGGGCAAGUUUAACCAGGUUUCCAGCCAGCAGAUGGCCAUCCAGGCCUAUGAGGACAUGGUGACGCAGGUCCAGCGCUCACAGUCCAUUGUGGUGGUGGGAGGAGGCUCUGCAGGAGUGGAGAUGGCCGCAGAGAUUAAAACGGAAUACCCCGAGAAAGAGGUCACUCUCAUUCACUCCCAGAUGGCCCUCGCAGACACAGAGCUCCUGCCCUGUGUCCGGCAGGAAGUGAAGGAGAUCCUGCUCCGGAAAGGCGUGCAGCUACUGCUGAGUGAGCGGGUGAGCAACCUGGAGGCACUGCCUGUCAACGAGUAUUGUGAGUGCAUCAAGGUGCAGACGGACAAAGGCACGGAGGUGGCCGCCAACCUAGUGAUUGUCUGCAACGGUAUCAAGAUCAACAGUGCAGCCUACCGCAGCGCGUUUGGUGAUCGGCUGGCUGGCAAUGGCGCUCUGAGAGUGAACGAGUACCUUCAGGUGGAAGGUUACAGCCACAUCUACGCCAUCGGAGACUGCGCCGACGUGAGGGAGCCCAAGAUGGCCUAUCACGCCAGCCUCCACGCCAACGUCGCCGUGGCCAACAUCGUCAACUCCAUGAAACAGAGACCCCUCAAAACCUACAAGCCAGGUUCACUGACAUUCCUCCUGGCCAUGGGGAAAAAUGAUGGCGUGGGCCAGAUCAGCGGCUUCUACGUGGGACGGCUCAUGGUCCGGCUGGCCAAGAGCCGGGACCUGUUGGUCUCCACAAGCUGGAAAACCAUGAAACAGUCUCCACCCUGAUGGGGAAGCCGGGCAAGAGACAGGAUGGCCACCCCAUGAGGCUCACCCAGGCCUCCAUUCCUGCGGACCACAACCAACCAGACUCCCUUCCUGCAAGCGGGACCUGCUGCCUGAGAAACACAAGCCAUUGUGUGCCGUCUGCCCUGGGGCCUGGCAUGGUGGGAGCCUCGGUCCUGCAGUGACAGGGCUUGUUCUAUUUAUAACAUUCUAGAAGUGUCCAUCCACGGGGACACAGUUCUCCAGACUGAGGACAACGUUGCAAUAAAAGAAUAUAUUGUAAGAAA